GUUUAGACGAGUGUAAAAGUAAUAAAGGGAGUAUUUAUGAGGAUCCUGUAGGUAUAAUAAAUUUGAUAAGACGCCAAAUGCAUAAACAGAUCCUUUCAGACAUGUCAGACGAUUUUAAGAAUCGCGCAAGAGUUACAUCGUCUUUACAGAUGUACGAGUGCAGUAGUUAUAGUUGUCCGUACAAGUGCAAUCAAAGUAGCACUACAAGUGUCAUUCGAAACAACUCCAAAGUUGUAGAACUCGAUAGCAGAUGUCGU